AGACGCGGCUGAUUUUUUAACCUUGACGCACAAGAGACGCUCACAGUAACAAAGUAACACUCGAAGACACGAAAUAACAGUCUACGGUCGCUCCAAAGGAAUUAACAGAGCGGGAAGGAUUUUAUUUUUAACAGCUGAAUCUAUCGUCGUCUUCACCAGAAGGGAAAAUAUGAAGUUUUUAACUAUUUUGCGUCUUUUCGUCCUUACCAUCGUGGCUGUCACAUCUGUGAGCGGUGCGUCUAUUGAGCGGUUUGAGAGCGAGGGCCCUGCACAGACAGCUGUGAUUGAUCUUUUGGAGGCACUAAGUGAGAAGAGAUCUACGGGGGACAACAAGCAAGUGGAAUAUGAGGAGGAAGACGAGUAUUACUAUGAUGAUGAAGAGGUGGAUGAGCUGUCAGGGGAUUACGGGGUGCCAUUAGUUGCGUUUUCAAGCAAACCCAAAGACCCGAGUGCAGUUUUGAAUGGGGAGAAACUUGAAGGCGCAGCAAGGAAGGGGCUCGGAAGGAAGAAGGCGAAAGGAAAGGGAAAAGGCAAGAAAAGGAAUCCAUGUCUAAAAAAGUACAAAGACUUCUGUAUCCACGGAACCUGCCAGUAUCUGCGGGACUUAAAGGGGCCCUCAUGCAUAUGUGACCAGGGCUACUCGGGAGAGCGUUGUCACCUUUUCUCCCUGGAGGUGAAGGCGAAUGAGGGAGCGUAUAACCGCACGACGGCGCUUGCUGUGGUGGCCGUGGUUCUCUCUUCAUUAUGUCUCACCAUCAUUGGACUUCUACUGGCACUCAGGUUUCACAAGCAAGGUGCAUAUAAUGUGGAAAAUGAGGAGAAGGUUAAACUGGGAGCCGCCCCACACCACUAAAACGAGACGGGAGAGAACGGGCAACCGUGUGGAAAUUCUACCUCAAAAUGAAGUGGCAAAGUUGAAUGUUGUGAAGAGCAAGCGGGCACAGCGUGCUGGAGAGGAGGAUAGGGUGACAGCGUUUGUUUGGCAGGAGUCCUGGCGCCUCCGUGAAGGGCCUGACUCACGAAUGACUCGCUAAAUUGUUCGCAGGAGAGCUCAAAACCUGCCACGAACUGGAACUCUGAUGGACAGACUCGGUCGAGCUGUUCGAUACAGAAUGAGAAGGAACUCUUCGGGGUUGGGAAUGUAGUGUUGAGUUUUAGAGGCGAGGCUUUUUCUACUACUGAAGAAGCUUUGCCUGAAAUAAGUAUUCUUACAAAUAAGCAUUUUUGUUCAUGUCUUGUGCACUGUGUAUUUAAUCGUUGCUGGCUAUGCUUUAAUUUAUUUAUUUAUGUAUAUAUAUCUAUUAAUAUUUAUUUGGAUUUAGACCAACCUUGUCCAGCCCUAAUGCACUGGCAACGUAUUUGAAAGUCUCUGUGUUGUAUGUUGAUGUAAUAUUUUAUUUAUUAAAAGAAGCAGUAGUAAUCCGUGUCUAUUCAGUAAGUGAGUACUGAACAAUGGUAUCAAAAUGAAAUCAAAAUAAUAGUAUAUUAUUAUAAUGGUAUGCGAUUUUGAUAUUUUUGAUUCAUUUAAUGAAGAGAAUUUUUUUUUUGAAUUAUUAAUAUUUGUAUUUUGAUGUUCUGGACAGUGUUAGAAUGUAUAUUUCAGCAAAGUCAUAUUUCAA